AUGGAGUCUAUUCUAAGCAAAUGGAAUGGAGUUUCCAUGAAUGACAAAGAGGAGGUGGUUGGUGCUGAGGAUCAUAAGAGAAUGAGUGACCAUAUCAGUGAAUUACCAGAUGACAUUCUCAUCAACAUUCUCUCCUCUCUAACUCUAAGAGAUGCUGUUAAGGCAAGGUCACUGUCACCUAGAUGGAGACAUCUUUCAGCACCCAUCUCCACUCUUCAGUUUGAUCUAUUUACCAUGUUUGGAAUUGAAUAUGAUGAAAACAAAGGCUACUUCGAUACAUUGCCUGCAAAUUUUGUAAAUGAACUUAAGCCUAGAUUUCUCACAUUAGUUGAUCAGUUUUUGCAGCAAUAUAUGGCUCCAAAGAUAGGAAAACUCAUGGUUCACUUCUUGUCUUGGCAAUGA